ACAACGUGUCAGAGAGGGGGGCGCGACAGAAACAAGCUCAGUUCAACGCCGACCGCCGUGGGUGACGCACGCGUUAGCACCCCGCGUUCGCAGUGACUUGUGAGUGAUGUGCUGACAGGCUGGAUCGUGAAGUGUAGUGAUUAAACGUUUCUAAACUGGAGAAGGAUACAUUGUUGUGGAGCAAUAUGCUCACGUCCAGUAAUCAGUAUCUGCGACCGGAUUAUCUGUCGCCUUUACCGACCACGCUCGACGCGAAAAAGAGCCCGCUGGCGCUCCUGGCGCAGACCUGCAGCGCGAUCGGCGCCGACACGCCCAACCCCAAGCUCAUCUCCGCCGCGGAGAAAGCCAGCAAGAAGUACGAGGACAAACCGAUCCAUAUGGACAACAAACCGAGCUUCAAGCCUUACGAAUCGUGCCUGACGAGAGAAAAGACUAGAACGCCCGAGGACAGAGCCUCUUCGGUACACGCCCACUCUAAAACGCCGUCGUCGAAAGGAAGCGCAUCGACGACCCCGGUCCAAGCUCGAUGCAAUAGCAACCAAAGUUCAUCUUCUCAGAGGACGCCUCCGCCGGCGCAACGCAAGUCGCCGUCCGAAAAAUCUGACGAAAGAUCCAGUCCUCUACGUCUACACUCACCCGCUCAAGCCAAAUCGACAGAUUCUUCUAGUUCCAAGUUACCGUACCCACCAAGUUCAUUAUCUAUGGAUACCAAAGAAUCGUCCAGUUUCAAGCCCAGUGUACCUGUUUCCUCGUCUGCUUUUCUCGGAGGACUACCUCCAACUGGAUUUCCGUUAUCUAUGGAUUUAAUGACGAGCAGCCUGAUGGCAGCGCAACAUCAUGCGUUGAAAAAUGGACUGAAUCCGUACCUCGCGUAUGCAAGAAUGAAAGCCCCGGGCAGCGAUUUAGGAAUUUGUAGAGACCCCUAUUGCACUGGAUGUUCUUUAAGUUCACACUUGCUCAAGUCCGCCGUGUGCCCAGCUGGCUGUGCUCAAUGCGAUCACGCUAAAACACCGUUUCAUAUACCACCUGGUCACCCGGCAGCGGCUGCAUACGCCCACGCCCAACUGGCCGCCUUGGCUGCUGCGUCACAGCUGCCUUUCGUUUGCAGUUGGAUGGCCGGUGACUCCGCUUACUGCGGGAAGAGGUUCUCUUCAUCGGAGGAGCUACUUCAGCAUUUAAGAUCGCAUACCGCAAGUGGUGAAUCCAGUCCAAGUUUAUCAAUGUUAAGUGCAACACACCCUCUUCUUCAGAGGACGUAUCCCACACCGCCCCUGUCGCCGCUGACGCCACGAUUCCAUCCGUACAGCAAGCCGUCUCACCUGGUGUCAUCGCCUCCUCUCCCGUUCCCCUUGCCGCCUCAUCCAUCGCUGGCGGCGUACUUCCCGUCGUACCCGUUGUUCGGGCCGCGGCCGCUGCACCCUUGAGGACCGUCGGCGCUCCACGCAAACAAGAAGGGGGGCGCCGACCACUAACGCCCAUGCCAAAAGGACAUUCGGAACUGAAGACAGUGUAAAUAUAAGUUAGUGUCUCCUAGUUUCUAGUCGGCUCAUAUCAACGGACUUGAACCCCAGCGGGGUGCGACAGCUGUGAUCUCUAACUUGUAAUAUUGGUAACGUUAUGUGCACUGACUCGGGCCCGCUAUCGCUUAGUCCCGGGAGUGCGGCUUUUAUUUUUUAGUUAGAUUAACUGAAUUUUUAUGUACCAAAUCGAUAGUAAUGUAAUUUAAUUAGUUUCCUAAUUUAAGUUGUUGCAAUUAAUUUAGUGAGGAUUGUUAAUUGUGUUUGUAUUUUUUUUAAUUAAUCGACUGUAUAUUUUUGAGUAUUAUUCGACACAAUAUUAAACAUAUCGCAGUAAUGUUAUCCGCUAAAGUACGUCUUGAAUAUAAAUCGAGUGUAAUUCUUAUUUUAUUGCCACGACCUUACGUGAUAAAAUCUUGAUUGUUUAAACUUAUUUUAACUCAGAUUUUUUAAUAUUAAAAGCUUCAGUAAAAUGGCACAGGUCUGUUUAAUAAGAUUAAAGUAUCAUGGUUAAAUAUAAAUUUUAAAGCAGAGAAGAGUGGACUACAUUGCGUGUACUAGAAUAUUAAAUCACUGUAAUAGCUGCAAUGAGUAUCUGUCAACAAAGAUUUGUUGUUAUAAAGUGCAUAAAAAUGAAAAAUAUACGUAAAUAUUUAAUUUCAA